GCGCGCGGAUGGUCACAUGACCGCGGGCGUUAGGAAAGCAGCAGCAGCAGCAGCAGAGUCUAUUGAAUACCGACACAGCAAGCGGAGAAGAGUUUCCUCAGCUCCAGAUCUAGCCUUCAAACUUCACACAGCUCGCAGGAUCUCUCUUAUAAACCCCUACUCCAGAUUAUCUUGCUAAGAAGUGGAGGUCCCGACAGGUCGAAUGGCCUGGAAAUAGCGUUACUCUGACGGCUACAGUCUCUGAGAGUAAACAAAUCUGAGCGGUCAUGCGGGAGUCCGGACAGUGUGCGGAGCUUUUCUGACCUUAUAAAUCACGCACACUAGUGAUUUAGCUUUCUGCGUGUUUCAGAAGUCUGUUUGUUUGUUGAAGAAAUAGUUUUGAAAGCGAGACGCUCUGAAAGUCUUCUGGCUCGAAGCGGGACUUCGCUGGAGAAGAGAGGAGUGAAGAGAGGAGAGAAGAGAGGAGUGAAGAGAGGAGAGAAGAGAGGAGUGAAGUGAAGUGAAGACUCAGCCUGCUGGAGGAGUCUGCUGGAGCCUGUUCUUCUCCUCAUAACUCAUUUUUCUGAAUUUUAAAGCAGACGUUUUUAAAUAUGGUGGGGGAAAUGGAAACAAAAGAGAAGCCCAAGCCGAGUCCUGACUAUCUCAUGCAGCUCAUGAACGACAAGAAGCUGAUGAGCAGCCUUCCUAACUUCUGCGGGAUUUUCAACCAUCUCGAGCGGCUUCUGGACGAAGAGAUUGGCCGGGUACGGAAGGACAUGUACAAUGACACACUGAACAGUAGUACAGACAAAAGGACAUCGGAGCUCCCAGACGCCGUGGGGCCAAUUGCACAGCUCCAGGAGAAACUUUAUGUGCCUGUAAAAGAAUAUCCAGACUUCAACUUUGUGGGGAGAAUCCUCGGUCCACGUGGGCUCACUGCCAAACAGCUGGAGGCUGAGACAGGCUGCAAGAUAAUGGUGCGAGGCAAAGGCUCCAUGAGAGACAAGAAGAAGGAGGAGCAGAACCGUGGAAAGCCCAACUGGGAGCAUCUGAACGAGGACCUGCACGUGCUCAUCACAGUUGAAGACUCGCAGAACCGUGCUGAGAUAAAACUCAAGAGAGCCGUGGAGGAAGUUAAGAAGCUGCUUGUCCCUGCAGCUGAAGGUGAAGACAACUUGAAAAAGAUGCAGCUGAUGGAGCUGGCAAUUCUCAACGGCACAUACCGAGACGCCAAUAUCAAAUCACCAGCCUUGGCUUUCUCUUUGGCUGCCAGUGCCCAGGCUCCUCGCAUCAUCACUGGCCCCUCCCCAGUGAUGCCCACUGCAGCCCUGCGUACUCCUGCCCCUGCUGCACCCACCCUCAUGCCUCUCAUCCGACAGCUCCAGACCUCUGCUAUCAUGCCUGCUGGCACCCCUCACCCCACUGCCACCCUGGUGCCCCAGACCCCCGAGUCGGGUAUUUUCUACACCCCAUACGAGUAUCCCUAUACUCUGGCCCCUGCUACCUCUAUCCUUGAGUAUCCCAUUGACUCCAGUGGUGUAUUAGGUAUGGCUUUCCCCACAAAAGGUGCAGUGACUACUAAAGUACGAAGGCAGGAUAUGCGCGUCCAUCCUUACCAAAGGGUAGUGACCGCAGAAAGAGCUGCCACCGGCAACUAACCAAUGACCCUCUGAGCUCUCAACUCUUCACCCAAUGAUGACCUGACCAUUGCCUGUGUGCUGACCAGUUCUCUGGCUCUCGUCCUUCACUUGUCUCGUACUCGCAGCCUGCUGGUGAGCAACGAAUCAGAUUUAAUUCACUUAAUACAACACAGCAGUGACAGUCCUCCUGAACUCAGCCGUCCAUCUGAGGACCUUCAUGGUCAGGUGAUCUAGUCUCCACAGCCUGCACUGAAGCAACAUAAAAGCAAUAAUAUGGUCUAGAACACCAUGUACAAACUCAUCACCAGUUUCACUCCUAGACGUUCAGAUAUACAACAGUUCUCAUAAUAGAAUAUAGAGAUUGAGCAUUAAGCUGGCACUUUGAUUAAGUUGAGGAGACACACAGGACUGAAGCUUUGUGGCUGUGUAAUGUGUUCACGUGGAUCAGCAUGUUCAUGUGCGAGAGAGUAUGAAGAUGAGCAGGGGAAAUCUACAAAGGUUUUUGAAGAUAAUUCAAAGUUAAAACGUGCAUUGAGAAAGUAAAAGCCAUUCUUGCCCAUCAGCAUCUUGAACUCAAAUAGAAUAAAAUGCAUUUAUAAAUAAGAAUAAUUUUACAGGCAUUAAAUACUAGCUCAUGCAUUUUUGAUAUGAGGGUGCUGCAGGUGAAAUUACUCUAUUUUUCACAAUAUUUCUUUUUUUGUACAAAACAACAGUAUGUGAUGUCAAAUGUACAAAAUGAACAAAGAAAAAAAGAUUUAUUUCUUUACAAAAUGGAAAGAUUUUAGAGACCAAAAUGUCUUUUAUAACUUUUAAAGUGCCUUAUUUUACAUAUGAUCAUUGUGGAUGAAUGAGAUCCAUCACUGUUUUUGACAACAUAUCGAUUAUAACCAAUUCCUCCAUUUCUUUAUUAGUAACAGAAUCAAUGCAAAACCACACCCAGCAAAUUCGACAUGUUUUGUUUAGUUGUUUUAACAUUUAUGCAUAGACAUUAUUUCUAACUCUGAUUUACAGUUGUGCCAUGUGUUAACGUGUUAUUGCAUAUAGUGGAUAUUGGUUACUUUGUGAUACUGACUCUGGUUCAGCAGAAAUGUCUGUCUGCUCCACCACUAUGAAGCUCAUGUCAAAACAGCAUUUAUAUAUCAACAAAAAAAAUCCUGAAACUGUUACAGAGAAGGUUUUAGUUAUUAUUAAGUCACUGGUUCUUUGAAUUAGCAGUGUAAGAUGGAUUCAGCAAGUGUUGUAGAAAGUGAUUUUCUUUUCAAUUUUACACUAUUAAGAAGUGAACUGUGAAAUAAAACAAAUGGAAUCUUAAAGGUAGAACUCUAUGCAAUUGAGUUGCUCUUGCCAAGUUACAAGAGGUUUUCCAGCAGGUCUUCCAGAUUACAGAGCCAAGCAUUAACGAGGAAACGAUUCGAUUAGAAACUCAAUCGAGAAUAUGGAGAUUGCUUUUUUUUUAUUUAAUUUGUAACAUGAUUAACAAGAAUAAUCUUUCUUAUUUUGGUUGCUAUAACUGGAUCUUCAGUAUCUCUUUUCUGUUACUUUGUAUGUAGUGCCAUAUAUUCAGUAGUUUUUAAAGGUCUAGAAAUUCUAUUGUUAUGUCUUAUUUCAUUUUUUGACACGUGUGAAUCAGCACAGGAAAAUAUUUUGAAACACAACAAACUUCUCAACUUCUCAACUCAAUUAACUUCAGAACUGCAGUUCUGAAUUCUAAGGUGUUUCCCUUGGUUUGACCUGUUAUAUUUGUUUUUAUGAGCAGUAUUAUAAGAUUGUGUAAAUGGCAGUGUGUGCGUGAGAUCGUGUGUGUGAGAGUGUGUGUUUGAUUCCGUGAAUAUGAUCUACACCAGUCAACUGCACCUCCCUUUUUUUAAGCAGUCUUGUGUAUUGCAUUGGAAAUGUCUGGUCCUAUUUAUAACCAUUGUAACAACUAUAAAAUGUAUUUUUCUAUCACAUUUUGUAUGUAUGAAAUAACAUUAAAUCAUGUUUCUGAUAUGAA